AUGGCUGAGCUCGACAACAUCGAGGCCCCUGCGAGGGCCAACAUUCCUUACUGGCGUCUAGUCAUCGACCAAGCUGGAGUCACCCCUGCCGUCGCCGAGUUCAAGUACGAAGGCUCCGGUACCGAAGAAGAUCCUUACCUGGUGAAAUGGAUUCCCAACGAUCCCCGAAACCCCAUGACCUUUAGCAACUUUACAAAAUGGUUCAUCACAAUGACCGUCGCCAUCGCUACCCUCGCCGUCGCCCUCGUUUCAUCGGCUUACACUGGAGGCAUCCGCGAGAUCAUUACCGAGUACAAGAUUAGCCAAGAGGUUGCGACGCUCGGAGUCUCGCUGUUCGUGCUUGGUUUUGCCAUCGGUCCUCUCCUCUGGGCUCCUCUCAGCGAAAUGUUUGGUCGACAGGUUCUCUUUAUCGGAACAUAUGCCGCUCUUACCGCAUUUAACGCCGGAUGCGCUGGAGCCCAGAAUGCGUGGUCGCUGAUCAUUCUUCGUUUCUUUGCUGGUGCUUUCGGCUCGUCGCCUUUGACCAACGCCGGUGGAGCUAUUGCCGACAUGUUCCCCGCAUCGCAACGAGGUCUGGCCAUGGCCAUCUUCGCUGCCGCUCCCUUCCUCGGUCCCGUCUUGGGUCCUGUCAUCGGUGGUUUCCUUGGUAUGAAUGCCGGUUGGCGCUGGGUCAUGGGCUUCCUGGCCGCCUUCUCUGGUGCUCUGUGGAUCCUCGGCUCCAUCCUUGUCCCCGAGACUUACGCGCCUGUUCUUCUUCGAAAGCGCGCUGCAAAGCUCUCCAAGAUGACGGGCAAGGUCUACGUCAGCAAGAUUGACCAUGAUCGUGGCAAGGUUACUCUCGCCGAGUCAUUCAAGAUGGCCUUGUCGCGACCUUGGAUCCUGCUCUUCAAGGAGCCCAUCGUUUUGCUCCUAUCCAUCUACAUGGCUAUUAUCUACGGAACCCUCUACAUGCUCUUCGCCGCAUUCCCUAUCGUCUACCAACAGAACCGUGGAUGGAACCAGGGUGUUGGUGGCUUGUCCUUCCUUGGAAUCAUGGUUGGCAUGCUCUUUGCCAUUGCUUACACCAUCCCCGCCAACAAGCGAUAUAUCAAGAUGGAGGAGAAGCACGGAGGCUUUGCGCCCCCUGAGGCUCGUCUCCCUCCCUGUCUCGUCGGCUCUAUCGCCCUUCCCAUCGGUCUGUUCUGGUUCGCCUGGACCAACGACAAGCACGUCCACUGGAUGGCUAGUAUCGCAGCUGGUGUACCCUUUGGCUUCGGCAUGGUUCUCGUCUUCCUCAGCGUCAUGAACUAUCUCAUUGACGCCUACACUAUCUUUGCAGCCUCUGUUUUGGCCGCCAACUCAGUCCUCCGAUCCUGCUUUGGCGCUGCUUUCCCUUUGUUCACGUCCUACAUGUACAAGGACCUCGGAAUCCACUGGGCCUCUUCCAUCCCAGCCUUCCUCGCCCUGGCCUGCGUGCCUUUCCCUUUCCUCUUUUACAAGUACGGCGCAUCCAUCCGCGAAAAGUGCAAGUUCGCCGCCCAGUCCGCCGCCUUUAUGCGCAAGCUCCAGAGCGACCAGGCUCCUCCCGCCGAGGAGACCGAAAAGGACGAGACCCGUCCUGGAGAGCAGGAAGACUUCAACGACGAUGCUUCUACGGAAGUUGAUGAGCCAGUCUAUGCUCCUAUUUCUAUGGCUCGAACCCGGUCGUCGACACAUACGACACAUACUCGGGCAUCUCAGAGGAGGAGAUCGUAUGAGGGUAACCCUUACGACAUUGAUCGUGUCAACACGAGGCAGUCGUUUACAUAA